AUGGUUUCUUACAAAACUCUCAUCUGCUUAACUGUUUUUGCCGUUAGCUUUGCUACAGCAUAUGUUCUUCCAAACUAUGAUGCUAUUCCAGAACAAUUUAGAGAUGUUAUCCCAGAAGAAGUUAAAAACUUUUAUACAUCACUUACUGAAGAGGACAAAGCUGUUAUUGUUGACUGGGCCAAAGGACAUGAAGGAUAUGCUACUGAAGAUGAAGCUUUACAAGCAUUAAAAGGAAAAAGUGAAAAUUUAUAUGAAAAAGCAAUGGCAGCCAAAGAUCUCCUUCUUUCAAGAAUUAAUGCUCUCAAACCAGAAGCCAAGGAGUUCCUUACAUCAACCUAUGAAACUCUUAAAUCUCUUCGUCCAGCUACCGGAACCAAGCCAGAUAUUGCUCUCAUCAAGAAAACUGCUAUGAGUGUUUAUGAAAAAUUCAAUGCUCUUUCUGAGGAAGCAAAAGAAGACCUUAAAACUCAAUUCCCAAAAACAGCUGCUAUACUUCAAAAUGAAAAAAUUCAAAAGCUUGCUAAGGGAUUCAUUGAAUCAAAUUAA